CCAAGCCAAGCUCAAUUCUCUUCUCUCUCAUUUUUAUACUAGCUUUGUAUUUAAAUCUCCCAUCCCACUAGUUUCUCCUCGUUGACAUUACCAUAUCACAACGAAAGAGCCCUUGUUUUUCUUUGGCGAUGCAAAGCCUGAGAAGCUGCCCAAGUGACGUCGUUCAGCUUGAUCUAACACCAUUACCACUACUACCUCCUUCUUCCUCUUCCUCAAACAACAAUCCCAUGAGUACCAGCACCACUACCACCGCUCUCAGCGGCGCAGGCCUUUCCAUAGGCGAGGAGGAGUCAACGGAGACACGAAUCAGGAGGCUGAUAUCGGAGCACCCUGUCAUCAUCUUCAGCAGAUCAUCUUGUUGCAUGUGUCAUGUCAUGAAAAAGCUCUUAGCCACCAUCGGGGUUCACCCUACUGUCAUCGAACUUGAUGACCAUGAGAUCGCUUCCCUCCCUUCACCGUUUCUUCACGAUAGCCUCUCCGCUCGGAAUCCUGUCCCCGCAGUGUUCAUUGGUGGAUCCUGCGUCGGCGGCCUUGAAUCCCUCGUUGCUCUUCACCUUAGCGGCCACCUAGUCCCAAAGCUCGUCGAAGUUGGCGCUCUCUGGGUAUAGAUUAUUAUAAUAGCAUUAAAAAUCAUAUAAUCAAGCUGCCAUUUUUAAUGCUUUUUUUAGUCUUGGGUUUUUCUUGUCAUUAUAAUUAUUAUUGUAACUUCUUUGUAAGUUGAUGAACAUAAAAAUUAGGCAGUCCACUUCCAAAAAUAAAAUAAUUUCAGCUUCGUUUUAUCAUUUUUUUCUUCUCCUAUUAGCUUUGCCGGUCAAAGAAAGCAUAUUGAAUAUAGUAUUUAGAGAAUUGUAUUAAUUAAAUCAAGUGAAUGAGAUUAUGUGUG